UUUGUUAAUUCCAAAUAUCACAUGUGUUUAUUCCAAUAAUAAUCUAUCUAAAAGAGAUUGUUAUUUGCAUAAAAUUCAAACACAUGUAUAGUAAAAAGUGACAAUUUUUCCAUGUUAAUAUUAGAUUAGUAUAAGUUCUUUUUAAAUAAUAAAUUAAAGGAAAAGCUUUAUUCGGACUUUAUACUUAAAACAAAAUUUUAAUAAGUUACUUCAAAUAGUUUUCUAGAGCUUUUAGGAUUUUAGAGAUUUUAACUUUUAAUUUUUAGAUAAAUUUAGUUUUAAAAACUUCCAACUAGUUUAGUGAAUACUUAAGGUGUGUUUGAGAUUGCUUUUUAACUUAAAAAGUUAUUUUUAACAAAAAGAACUUUUUGACUUAUAAUUUUUUUUUUCAAAAAUAGGUUUUAAAAUGUGUUUGGAUUAGCUUUCAAAUGAACAAAUACUAAAAAGCCAAAAGUCACCAAAAGUCACAAAUUGUGAUUUUUAAAACCAUAAUUUUUUCUUUUUGCCAAAAAGUUAUUUUAAAAGGAUUUUUAUAAUUGACAAAAAGCUUUUUAAACUUUUAGUUUUUAAAAAAAAACCAAAAAUUUAAAAAAUCAUUUUAAAAAUUAUCCAAAAUAUCCUCUUAAACUUUGUUUGCCGUGUUUACAGCUAUCUAAUAUGUUAGAUUUUUUUUUUUGAGUUUUUUUAAAUUAUUAUGUUCGACAAAUCAACAAGUAAUUUAUAAGAUUGCUAUUUAGAUUACAUUUUCAAGAUUUUUUUUUAAUAUUUCAAAUAUAUCAUUUAUUAAUUAGAAAAAAACAUGUUCUUCUAAAAAUCGAUUUAUAUCAUUUUACAUCUAUCAACUAAUUUUAUUAAAUAUUAUUUUUUUUAUUAACUAUCAGCUAUUUUGUCAUGUAACAAUUAAAUUCUAAGCUAUUAUAUCUAACAGACUAACACAUACACAAAUAAAAACUACGCAUCUACGAAUGAAAGUAAGAAGAAUUGCUUUCAAUUAAAAUUCCAACUAAAAACUGUUUAUUUAUGAUGAUUAAUACAUCAAGAAAACCACAUAUUAAGUUGGAUUGAAUUCGCACACCUAAGCGAAUUUGACCUUAUCUCUUAACCAUGUUCCUUUUGUUGUAUGUCAUCUCGACAUUGGUUGGAAUUCGAAAUUGAAAAGACAAAUAUAGCAUUAUAAUAAUAUUAUUAAAUUGAGAAAAUUACAAAAAUCAUACUUGUAAUACACAUAAAAUUAUGAAUCCCAACUCUUAAAAAUUUAUUUAACUUUUAGAUCAUCUAACUUAAGGCUCCAUCUGUUAAGUUUAUAUAAAUUAUAAACCAAUAGUUUUAUCUUGAAAGUUGAGGGAGUUAAAGAAAAACUAUGUAAAAAAAUUUAAGGACUUUUCAGAUAAUAAAACUAUUUAAAGGAUGAUAUUGUAAAUUUCAACAUACAUAAAGGACGAUUUGUAUAAAUUACAUUUAACAAUUAACAUCUCAUAUUUUCGACUGUUUUAUGAUUUUAUAACUGUGCGUAAAUUUGCUCUAAGAUCCUACUUAUAUCUCCGCUCCCCCUCCUCCACAAAUCUCAUCCUUGAAAUCAAGUUUUCUUCCUCCAAAUUCAUCACAGAUCAAAAGAAAUUUCAACAGCAUGUUCAAGGGAACAAAGAAUUACCUCAGGAUGACAACUGAUCCAACUGCAUCUGAAGCAGCAUCCAAGUUAAUCAACUCAGAUUUGAAAGAAAUCGGAGAUGCUACCAUGAAAUUAGCCGAUCAUGUCAUGAAGCUCGGAGUCACCGGUGGUUUCAUUACUACCAGUCUUCAGUGGUUCGCUUGCUUCGCUGCCAUUUAUUUGCUGAUUCUAGAUCGAACAAACUGGAGGACGAACAUGCUAACUGCACUUUUAGUUCCUUACAUCUUCUUGACUCUUCCUAACUGGCUCUUCGGAAUUUUGCACGGAGAUAUCGGGAAAUGGAUCACUUUAGCCGGAGUCGUAUUGCGUCUCUUCUUCCGUGAACAUUAUCCAGAAUAUCUAGAAUUACCGGGAUCUUUGCUCCUACUGGUUGUGGUAGCUCCAAGCUUCGUCGCCGGCUAUGUGAGAUCAGGUUGGAUCGGAGUGAUUGUUUGUUUGGGUAUCGGAUGCUAUUUGCUUCAAGAACACAUCAGAGCUUCUGGAGGAUUCAGGAAUGCAUUCACCAAAAGCAACGGAAUUUCCAAUUCCAUUGGUAUCGUCCUCUUAUUUGUCUUCCCAGUUUGGGCUUUGCUUGGCUUACUGUAAUUUAACACCAGUCUUGUUUUCUGUGUAUUCGUUAAUCAUUCAUGAAUCCUUCGAUAUUGAUUAUGUGUGUAUUGAAAGUCUCUUUGUGUUAAUGUAAUUUAAGCCUUUUUUGUUUGAUUGAUUUGAAUCCAUACCUACUGGGUUUGAUUAUGUUCUAUAUGGUGUUAAUGACUUAAUGGAUCGAUUUUGUUCAAAGGGUAUA